CGCUCGCUCCACCUUGCACGACAGCGCACACUCGAGCUUGACUCGCCUCUUCGCACCAGCCCCGAGCAGUAACCACCCUCUUCAAGCCCGCUAGCAGGAGCCAUGUCGUCCAUCGGAACGGGCUACGACCUGUCUACGUCGACCUACUCGCCCGACGGCCGCAUCUUCCAGGUCGAGUACGCCAACAAGGCCGUCGAGAACGCCGGCACGGUGAUCGGCCUUCGCUGCAAGGACGGCAUCGUCCUCGCCGUCGAGAAGCUCGUCCUCUCCAAGCUGCUCGUGCCCGGCGCCAACAAGCGCAUCGCGACCGUCGACCGUCACGCUGGACUCGCAACAGCAGGUCUUCUCGCCGACGGGCGGCAUCUGGCGGGACGGGCACGCGACGAAUGCGAGUCGUACCGGGACAACUACCACACGCGCAUCCCGACCAAGAUCCUCGCCGAGCGCCUCGCCAUGUACUUCCAGGCCUACACGCUCUACUCGUCUGUGCGCCCCUUUGGCCUGUCGGCCAUCCUCGCCGGGUGGGACUCGCCGACCUCGAUCGACGGCUCGGACUCGGUUGUCGAGCGCAAGAGCGAGGGCGUGCCGCAGCUGUACAUGGUCGAGCCGAGCGGGACGUUCUGGGGCUAUCGUGGAUGCGCGAUCGGCAAGGGCCGGCAGCUGGCCAAGACGGAGAUUGAGAAGCUCCCGCUCGACACGAUGACGGCCCAGGAGGCGCUCGUCGAGGCGGCGCGCAUCAUCCACACGGACUUUGAGCUCGAGCUGACGUGGAUCGCGCCGCAAAGCGGAUGGCUGCACAAGCCGGUCCCCAAGGAGCUCGCGGACGAGGCGGAGGCCAAGGCCAAGGCGGUCAUUGAUGCGGCCAACGCGAUGGAGGACUGAGCGCGCGAGUCGGGCCCGCCGCGUCGUACCCCCUUACCAUCCCUCCGGUCGCCUACUUUCUCUCUCGAGCUGUACAUCGAGCGUGGACCCGCACUGCAUGCAACGAGGUCGACCUACCUUCUGUGUU